AUAUAAUUUAUAUUCUACGGUUUGAAAGCUUGGCCGGAGGGGCAUCCAAUUCCGGCCAAUCCUCAAUCGUCGACGGGACUGGUCCCCGAAAGUGCAUCCCCUUAUCAUGUAGCUCAGAACACUAGAUUACUACCAGCAAGCAGAAAAUCCUAUGCCUGCUAACUAAGCCACAGUACCACACUGUCUGAACCCAGGAAAAGCCCUAGCAACUCCCGCCGGGUUCAAGCCAUGGCGGACCAGCGUGAAAUUCGAACAAUAACCCUAGGGGGCAAAGGCUGUUUGCUAUCUUCUGCCUCCGUCGUCGCAGUGGCCAACGGCCUCGCUCAGGUGCGAAUUGAUUCAUCGGCCGUCGAUAGGCUCGCCGCAUCGUCCAAUAACCGUCCACCAUCCGUCAAGUCUCACAUCUCCAUCCCCAAACUCCUGACCCGUGAAGAAGCCAGAGCUUCUCUUGUAGUCCUACUGAACAAGCUCCUGCUCUCCGGUUCAUCAAUUCGUCCAGUUCUUCCUGUUCUCAUUUCUGAAACCCUGAAUUCGGACUCGCAAGCACUGUGUUUCGAAGAACUUAACGUAACUGAGGAAGAGAAUGUUGUGUUGGAGAAAUCGUCGGCUGUAUUGGAUGGCAUUUCUGCAAUGUUGGACCACGAAUCAUCGGCUUUGUCAACGAUCGCCGAUGCAGUUUCUGCCUUGUCCUGUGAGGCAUUGAGAGCUGAUGUGACGGCAUUUAACUCGAUUGAUUCCGGAGACGGAAAUGUCGCGAAGGAUGAAAAUGGGGUUGCUAGUGACAUGAAGGUGUUGCUUAAUGGGUCAAAAUUGGUGGGUAAAGUUGAGUGCGGGGCUGUAUCAGAAAUACCGAAAAUUCAUGGGAGUUUGAGGGAAGCAGUGAGAUUGGUGCAUUCUAGGACACGGGUUGAGUUGAAUUCAGGUGUAAAAUGCGGGAAAGGUGCUUUUGGAACUGGUGGGAUCGGGAAAGCGUGGGCGACGGUGUUGUCACCUAUGGCAGCGGUGCUUCGGUACCUGGGGGAAAGCUGCUUGAGCCGUGCGAAGCUGAACGUUAAUUCGAUUAAUAAUGAUGCUUUACGGUCAGGUUUGGUGGAAAUGGUGGAUCAAAGGUGCCCUGGUUUUGAUAAUUUGAAAGAUGCAUUUAGGAUUGUUUUGGAUGCUGUUUUUGAAGAGGAUUAUGUUAAAUUCAUGCACGAGAUCAAUGCGUUGGUGGGAAUGAUUAGGGGUAUUGUUGCUUGGGAGGCUGUAACAGCUUUUGUUUCACUAGAGGCCAGCGAGUUAAUUGAUAGAAGCCAGGGUGGAGGGGCUUUAAGAGUUGAGAAUGGGGGAGCUGUGAAUGUGGAUAAGAAGAGUGAGAAGAGAAAGAAGGUUUUGGGUAAAGGGUCAAAUGUUAUAGUGCAGCUUAUUAAGGACAGGCUGCAGAGUGCAGGACAGGAUGCAGGUGAUGCUUUAGGACUUCUAGAAAAAUGGGUAAGGGAUAUAUUUUCAUUAUUGAACCCAAAGGAACAAGAGUUGGACGGUUUGUUGAAGAAAAUUAAAGAGAUUGUGGAAAGCAAUGAAAGUAGAAGGCUUCCGAAGCUUCCUAAGGGUACUCGUGAUUUCGCAAAAGAACAGAUGGCUAUAAGAGAGAAGGCGUUUUCAAUUAUAGUGGAUGUAUUCAAGAGGCAUGGUGCCACAGCAUUGGAUACUCCUGCAUUUGAAUUGAGGGAGACUCUUAUGGGCAAGUAUGGGGAAGAAUCUAAGUUAAUAUAUGAUCUUGCUGACCAGGGUGGAGAGCUGUGUUCUUUGCGGUAUGAUUUAACUGUUCCAUUUGCUAGAUAUGUCGCAAUGAAUGGUAUCACCUCAUUCAAAAGGUACCAAAUAGCAAAGGUUUAUCGGAGAGAUAACCCAUCUAAAGGAAGAUACAGGGAAUUCUAUCAGUGCGACUUUGAUAUUGCUGGUCAAUUUGAAAGAAUGGGGCCAGAUUUUGAGGUCAUAAAAAUUUUAACAGAAUUGCUUGAUGAACUAGACAUUGGAGAUUAUGAGGUAAAGCUGAAUCAUCGGCAGUUGCUGGAUGGAAUGUUGGACAUAUGUGGGGUGCCGUCUGAAAAAUUCAGGACAAUUUGUUCAAGUAUUGACAAGUUAGAUAAGUUAUCGUUUGCGCAGAUAAAAAAAGAAAUGGUGGAAGAGAAGGGCUUAAGUGUUGAGACAGCUGAUAAAAUUGGUACUUUUGUGAAGGAAAGAGGAUCUCCUUUAGAACUAUUAUCUAAGCUUAAACAGGAGGGCAGCAAAUUUUUAACACAUAAUGUGUCUGUUCUUGCUUUGAAUGAAUUGGAGAUACUAUUCAAAGCUUUGGAAAAGUCAAAGUGUAUAGGCAAAGUGGUUUUUGACUUGAGCCUUGCCCGAGGUCUUGAUUAUUAUACUGGAGUCAUUUGUGAAGCUGUUUUUAAAGGGGUUACACAGGUUGGUUCAAUUGCGGCUGGUGGGCGCUAUGACAACCUUAUCGGAAUGUUUGGUACGAAGCAAGUUCCUGCAGUUGGUGUUAGUCUAGGAAUUGAGAGAGUAUUUACUAUAAUGGAGCAGCUUCAGAAAGACCAGAAACAGGCAACUCGAGCCACGGAAACCCAAGUCCUGGUAGCUAUUUUGGGAGAUGACCUGUCCCAAGCGGCAGAGCUGGUAAGCGAGCUGUGGAAUGCCAAACUGAAAGCAGAAUACAUGGUAAAUAAAAGAGUGAUGAAACACAUCGACCGUGCUAAAGAGUCGAGGAUCCCUUGGAUGAUAAUUGUGGGAGAGCGGGAAAUAAAUGAAGGGAUUGUAAAACUGAAGGACAUCGAGGCCAAUAAGGAGGAGGUAGUCCCCAGAAGCAAGGUUGUUGAAGAGCUCCAAAGACGGUUGGUAGGUGUGUAGUAGAAUUUACCCAAAAACCAAAAACCUGAUGAAAACCAAACCUCUUUCAUUUUUCUUCAAUUGUUCGGGUACGACUCUCGGUUUUGUUUUGUUUUUUUUUUUCAAUCUAUGAAAAAUUAGUUUGCGGUUUCAAGUCAAUCUUGGAGGAGAGCUGAACCGAAAACACACAAAAAAAAAAAAAAAAAAAAAAAAGAAGAAUUGACAAGUACUUGAUUAUAGAAUUUAUUUAUUUUGUUCUUAUUUGCAGGUUUUUGUCAAUUAUUUUACAUGUAUAUUUUUGAAGAAUAUGAAUCAAUUUGUUUUAAAAUAAUUCCUGGUAUAAUUUGAAUUAAUUUAGCUCUGAUGAUCAAA